GAGAUGAGAUUCGUCAAGUCUUUAGGAAAAGGUACUUACGGCUCCGUCGAUCUCUUCAGUUACACAAACCACGACGGUUCGACCCUCUACAACGCCGUGAAGAUCUCCGAUCACCAGAGUUACGACUCUAUCGACAGAGAGUUUCGAAUCUUGUCGGAACUCAGAGGAUGUUCUGGAAUCGUGCAAUCUUUUGGUGACUCUCUUCUUGAAGAAACCGAUUCUGAUGGAAACAGAGUCUACAAGAUGUCAAUGGAGUACGCAGCUUCUGGUACUCUUACCAGUUUCAUCCAAAGAAACAAGAAAUUGUCUGAUUCGAUUAUCAAAGACUUCACUCGGAUGAUUCUCCGAGGAUUGGUCUCUGUUCAUAGUCACGGUUAUGUCCAUUGCGAUCUUAAACCGGAUAAUAUCCUUCUCUUCCCGCGUUACGAGGAAGAAACGUGGUAUUGUUCUUACGAGCUCAAGAUUUCGGAUUUUGGAUUGUCGAUAAAGGCCGGAGAAAAAUCUCAUUGCUGGACUAAAGAUUCACCCUUUGUGGGAACCCCUCUUUACAUGUCGGCGGAAUCUGUACACGACGGAACCACCGUGGAGAAAACCCUAGAUUUGUGGUCGCUAGGUUGCAUAGUGUUGGAGAUGUAUACCGGUAAGAAUCAAUGGUCGGGGUUUAGUGUUGAUGAUAUGAUCAAGCCUCUUCUUUUGGAUGGAAAAGCGCCUGAGAUUCCAGAGACUGUACCUUGUGUUGCAAGGCAAUUUAUGGAGAAGUGCUUCGCAAGGCAGCCUGAGGAGAGAGGAAGUGCUUCUGAGUUGUUGUUGCAUCCGUUUUUGAUCGGCGAUCAGAAGAUGGCUGGUGGCUCCGGCGGCGGAGAGAGGAGGCGGGUAGGGUUGAGGAUCAGAAAACCUCCGUCGAGAUUGGAAGAUGUUACAAAGACGGCGUUGAAAUUGAAGAUUGUUUCAUCAAAACCCUCACAGUUUAAGAAAAUAUCGAAUAAACCCCUCAAGGUGAAGUUUCUUCCUCCGAGACCCCCAAGAUCCAAUUUUGUUCCUGUUCAGUAA